UUUGCCCAAGUGGGGGUAUUUCCAGCUUUGUAGUUUUCACUUCCACUUUUACCAGGUGGGCGGAGUGGCCUCCGGUGGACAAAUCAGAUUCCUCCUCAGCUCCAACUUCAAGAGGUAAGCCAGGGGCUCAGGGUCCCAGACACCCAGGAGGCGGCAGCAGCAGCAGAAGCAGGAAGUGUGGGGAAGACCAGAGGCCAGAACCAUGGAAGACCAGCGCGACCUCAUCUCCAACCACGAGCAGCUGCCCAUGCUGGGCCAGCGCCCCGCCGCUCCAGAGAGCAAGUGCAGCCGAGGAGCUAUGUACACAGGCUUUUCUGUCCUGGUGGCUCUGCUCCUGGCUGGCCAGGCCACCACCGCCUACUUCCUGUACCAGCAGCAGGGCCGGCUGGACAAGCUGACGGUCACCUCCCAGAACCUGCAGCUGGAGAACCUGCGCAUGAAGCUCCCCAAGUCAUCCAAGCCUUUGAACAAGAUGAGGGUCGCCACCCCCAUGAUGAUGCAGGCGCUGCCCAUGCCAGGCCUGCUCCAGGGGCCCAUGCAGAACGCCACCAAGUACGGCAACAUGACACAGGACCACGUGAUGCACAUGCUUCUGGAGGCUGACCCCCUGAAGGUGUACCCGAAGCUGAAGGGGAACUUCCUAGAGAACCUGAAACACCUUAAGAACACCAUGGGCCCCCUGGAUUGGAAGGUCUUCGAGAGCUGGAUGUAUCAGUGGCUCCUGUUUGAAAUGAGCAAGAACUCCCUGGAGAAUAAGCCCGAGGUUCCACUAAAAGUACCGACCAAGUGCCAGGAGGAGGUCAGCCGCAUCCCCGCCGUCCACCCUGGCACGUUCAGGCCCCAGUGUGAUGAGAACGGCCACUAUAAGCCGCUCCAGUGCUAUGGGAGCACCGGCUAUUGCUGGUGCGUCUUCCCCAACGGCACCGAGGUCCCCCACACCAGGAGCCACGGGCACCAUAACUGCAGUGAGCCACUGGACAUGGAAGACCUGUCAUCCGGGCUGGGCCUGACCAAGCAGGACCUGGGCCAAGUGGGCAUAUGAGACAAGCAGACGCAGAUGCCGGCACGCAGCCCGCCCCGCAUGGCCUCUGCCUCCUUGCUCCUCUCCACCCCCAGCCCUAGCCCCCCUCCUUCCCUUACACA